GUGUGGGGACCAAAGCACCGCCCAGAUAUGAAGCAAGUCUCUAGCACAAAAAUACAAAAGCCCAUCUCUUGUUCUUUGUCUCGGGACUACUUGCCCUAAACCUACCAAUCAAAAGCAAAGGCACCAAAACCAUUAAAGAAGAAUAAAUAAAACCCAGGAGCCCUUUUCACUUUCCAAAUUUCACUUCCAACUCAAUAUCCUACAAAUGUUAUAGAGAGAGAGAGAAACCCUAUAUACAACUAUAGGAGGAAGAAGAAGAUGAUGAAGAAGAAGAAGAUCCAGCUUGGAAUUUUCUUGUGAAACAUUACUCUCCCCCUUCUAUCUGUCAUCAGAGCCCUUUGCGAAUUCAUAGAAAAAACACAACCAUUCGUACAAUUCUUCCUCUCCGAUCUCAUCCGUUCGCUUCUUCACUCCCUUUGUAUACAUAUAUAUAUAUAUAUAUAUAUCUGCAUAUCGAAUUAUAUGUAUAUGUAGAUAUGGAUCCGGUGCAAUCUCAUGGAUCAAGCUCUCUUCCUCCUCCGUUCCACGCACGAGACUUCCAAUUACAUCUCCAACAGCAACAGCAACAGCAACAGCAACAGCAACAACAGCAACAGUUCUUCCUCCAUCAUCACCAUCAGCAACAGCAGAGGAACUCCGACGACCACGAACAAUCAGGAUUAAGCCGCGGCAUCAAGAUCGACAACGAAGAGUCGAGCGAUAACAUGGACAACCUCGCCAACAGCAGCAGCGAGGGCAGAGAGGUCAAUUUACACGGCGGAGGAGGAGAAAGCGGCAGCGGCGGCGGAGGCGGCGACCAUAUCACGAGAAGGCCGAGGGGAAGACCCGCCGGAUCUAAGAACAAACCCAAACCGCCGAUCAUCAUAACGCGCGACAGCGCAAACGCCCUGCGAACGCACGUCAUGGAGAUCGGUGAUGGCUGCGACAUCGUCGACAGCAUGGCGACGUUCGCUCGACGCCGUCAACGCGGGGUCUGCGUUAUGAGCGGUACUGGGAACGUUACCAACGUUACUAUCCGUCAACCCGGUUCACCUCCCGGUUCGGUGGUAAGCCUCCAUGGCCGGUUCGAGAUCCUCUCCCUCUCUGGUUCGUUUCUACCUCCUCCGGCUCCUCCCGCAGCCACCGGUUUGAGCGUUUACCUCGCCGGAGGUCAAGGUCAGGUCGUCGGCGGCAGCGUCGUGGGACCGUUGGUUUGCGCGGGGCCAGUCGUGGUUAUGGCUGCGUCGUUUAGCAACGCCGCGUACGAGAGGCUUCCGCUGGAGGAGGAGGAGAUGCAGACGCCAGUUCACGGCGGUGGAGGAGGCGGCAGCGGUGGCGGUGUGAUGGGGUCUCCGCCGAUGAUGGGGCAGCAAUCGUCGAACCAGCAGGCGGGUUUGGCGGCUAUGGCGGGGGGGCUGCCGCCUAAUCUUCUUGGCUCGGUUCAGCUGCCGCCGCCACAUGAUCAGCCAUACUGGGCCACCGGAAGACCACCUUUCUGAUCGAAUUUCGAGAGGGCUUAAUUGAGAUGAUGGUGACGAUGUGGAGAAGACGGAUUGGCGAUUUGAAGAAUUCGAGCUUCACGGUAUGAUUAUGGAUCGACAUUUUCGUAGAUGAAACAGGUUCUUUUGUUUUUGCUUCGUUUAAGUUCGUAGAUGAGCUUUUUUCUAUGUUGAGUUGUGUAAGGUUUUAAUUUCACUGUCUUUUAGGGUUUUUUUUAUAUGAAUUUGAUGGGUAGUUUCGUACAUUUGAGAUGGUGUUGUUCGAUCUAAGGAUCGCUGUUUUAAACAAUUUCCCUUGUUACGUUGCGUUCUAGUUCCAAUUCAAUUCCUAUGGUUUCUCU